UGCAUAGCCCCGUAGGGCACUUACGAGGACUGCGCGCUGAAGACGGGAACUACUCCAUGUUCAUGGGAAUCCCGUAUGCUCAAGUUGAUCCCGAUAAUGUGUUUGGUAAUUCGAAACCCUACCCAAAGUUUGAAAGCACAUUUGACGCAUUUGAUGAUUCGACAAUUUGUCCUCAAGAAGAAGAGUUCAAUUACACUAUCGUCGGAUCCCUCGACUGUCUUCAUAUCAAUAUUUACGUGCCGGACUCGGCCAGCGAUGAGAGCCGAUUACCAGUUUUUGUUUGGAUAUUUGGAGGCGGCUUUUCCAUAGGCUUUCCCGGCAAAUUCUUGUACGGACCCAGUUUUUUAAUUAGACAUGAUAUUAUUCUUGUUACUAUAAACUAUCGAUUGGGACCGUACGGUUUCAUGUGCUUGGAUAUUCCUGAAGUACCUGGCAACCAAGGAUUGAAAGAUCAAGUGCUGGCGUUAAGAUGGAUCAGAGAUAACAUUGCAGCGUUCGGCGGAGACAAUACUAGGGUAACUAUCGGAGGAAAUAGUGCAGGCGGGAUGGCUGCAGAUUUGCAUUUGUACUACGGCCAAGAUGAAAACCUGUUCCACAAAAUGAUUCCGCAAAGCGGUGUGCUUUUGGUUGAGGGCGCAGUCGGCCGUCCAGAUCCUAACGUACCGUUUAAAUUAGCAAAGCAUCUUAACCAUAAUGCAAGUAACGUCAAAGACGCAUUAUCAUUCCUGGCUACAGUAGAUCCACAUGAACUAAUUGCAGCAACUCAUGAAUUGGAAAUGUCAAAUUUUAUUCCUUGCAUAGAAAACGAAUUUGAGAAUGUUCAAAGAUUUGUAACAGAACAUCCGCUGAACAUUAAAGUGCCGAGAGUAACAGACAUUGAAGUUUUAAUCGGGUUAAACAACGAAGAAAUGUAUAUUGGUAUUGCCCCAUUGCCCGAUAUCAUGUUUCAGUUUACGGAUUUUGUACAAGUUUAUAUAAAUAUGAACUUUGAUUUUGAAGAUGAAUAUGAACUUUAUGCCCAAAUGCAUGAGAUUGUAACUCAUUUUUAUUUCGGUGACGAUGAUAUAUCUGCAGCAUUGAAACAACAGGUCAUAGAUUUGGGAUCUGAUUUUUUCUUCAAUUAUCCAAUUUUAAGAACUGUUAAGAAAUAUUUGGAAAAUGGAGUGCAAACCAUGUAUUUGUAUAUGUUUUCUUAUUCGGGUGGGAGAAAUUUUUCUAAACAUAGAUUAAACAUGACAGGAGGUGGAGCAACUCACGCGGAUGAACUUGGGUACCUGUUCGACAUUUCUUACAUGGAGAAACCCCUUGAUCCUGAGGACCAACUGAUUGUUGAUCGCAUGACCGAAUUGUGGGCGAACUUUGUCAAAUAUGGGAAUCCAACUCCUGAACCAACCGAGCUGAUCCCCGUCGUCUGGCAGCCGGUGACCCGAGACAAAUGGCACUACCUGGAGCUGGACACAGAGCUCCGAGUCGCUACCAGACCCUUCCACGCUCGCACGGCCUUCCUGGACCUCUUCUACAAGCACAACGAAAUCUAUCAGAAAGGCUACAGAGCGGAACCUUCGUCGGGAAGCAACCUCAUUUUAGAUUUAAGUUUAACUUUAUUAAUGUUCUUGGUGUACUCUUUUCACCAAUAA